AUUUUGCAUGAUAAUCACUUUAUCAAUUAACACAUCAGAUAUAUAUUCGUAAAAAAAAACAACUCGUAACUAUUCGUAAGAAAUCGUGUACAAUUUCGUAGUUACUCUUAAGAGUAUCAUAUAAAAAUCGUCUUUCAUCUGCAUUCUAGAAUGAAGAUAAUGUUCAACGUGCUCGUUACUAAAUCGUACAUAAAUCGCCACAAUUCGUCCUGUUAUCGCACACUCGUCUUACAUUGUCGGACAGACAUCGUACAAUGUAGUCGUGUUGCAAGACUGGCCUGACGAAUAUUGGCGAUUAUUAGCAAUUCGUGGGCAAUCGUAGCAUAAAUCGUUCAUGAGAGUGUGACAGGGCCUUAGGACCUACAGAUUCGAAAACGGUGAACACGCUACCAACUGCAAAGUUGGAAAAAGGUAUUUCAUACAGAACAGGUCCAAUGUACUAGAAGAUCGAUAUACAAAAUAGAAUAUGAGAUGAUAAUACAGUUGAGCAACAUCGCAACGUCCAGAUACCAGGAUUAGUCGAGACAGCACGGUGAAUAAAUGAACAGUACUUGACUGAUGAGACUAGUCGUAGACGAGAAGGGGGCAUUCAUAAAGAUGGGGAAACAAAGUAGCAAACUGAAGCCCGAAACAUUAGAAGAUCUAAAAACACAGACCAAUUUCAGUGAUGCCGAGCUCCUAGAAUGGUAUAAAGGAUUUUUAUUUGAAUGUCCUACAGGAGAACUCUCCGUAGAAGAAUUUCGCAAUAUAUACAGAAAACUUUUCCCACAUGGAAAUGCAGAAAAAUUUGCCGAACACGUCUUUCGAGCGUUCGAUGAAAAUCGAGAUGGAAAACUGGAUUUUCGAGAGUUCAUUUGUGCAGUUGGAAUCACUUCUCGGGGAACACUGGAGACCAAAGCAAAGCUUGCUUUUAGGAUAUAUGACUUAGACAAGGACGGAUACAUUACUGAACAUGAAAUGACGGAAAUUUUAAAGGCCAUGUACAAAAUGACAAGAGAAUCCCAGAAAGGCGGCCUUUCAGCAGAAGAGAAAACGAAAGAAAUCUUCAUGAAAAUGGACAAAAACCAAGAUGGAAAUCUUUCUAUGCAAGAGUUCAUUAAAGGCGUGCAGACGGACGUCUCCAUUUUACGCCUCCUAACCAGUGCCUCAAACACAGGUUGAAUGGGGAUCAUUUCUUUAUACACGUUAUCAAAGUUGUUGCACAUUAUGUUAUAUUUAUGAGAAUGUACAAUGGUCAAAGUGAAAUAUGUAUGUUUCUGAUGAUUUCAUCUAAAAACACUCUUGUACAGUGUGAAUACAGUUAACUUCUACA